GGGGUGAGACACGCAUCCUCGCUCUGCCUCUCUCUCUCUCGUUCUGUCCACGGCGCAUCUCCAGCUCUGAAUCCACUUCGGCUCUGUUGUAUGUUGUAUCUGUUGCAUUUUACGAGCAGCGACGUGCGGAGGGACGCCCUGUGUCUCGAAGAAUGUCACGAUAGUGAUGCUGUGAGGGCGUGUAGGAUGCAGAGCCAGAGGGGGGGGCGGGAUGUAGUGCUCCUGGAAGACGGUGCUGCUCCUGGUGUGCGCGUCUCUCGGGGUCCAGUACACGGCCAUCCGCACCCUGAGAGACUCUCUGUCUGGGCCCUGUCAGGGAGCCCACCACUGCCAGACCAGACAACACAGAGACUCCAGACACUUCGCCCCGAGCCCCAGGACCACGUCACCAACUCCUUUUUCCGCCGAAGCUCCAGCCACGCUCUCUGUUCCCCUCCCGUGUGCCUGAACAGGGGUGGCGCGGCGGGCUCGGCUACGCCUGACGAAACCUGGUGUCCCAAGAAGUGUGGGGCCCUGAACCUCACGCUGGCCUCUGUGUCGUGCCUGUCAAGGGAACAUGUAGCCAUCAAGACCGUGCGUGUCCCUGAGGUGGGGGACCUGCGCACCCUGACGGAGGACCCACGUCUGGACCUGAGGAUCGUCCACCUGGUGAGGGACCCCCGAGCCGUCCUCGCCUCGCGCAUGAUGGCCUUCUCGGAUCAGUUCCGCACUUGGAAAAUAUGGAACGCCACGGGACGGCAGCCUCGAUACGUGGACCUGACGCAGAUCACCAGCACCUGCAAAGACAUGGCGGCCUCUGCAGAGACAGGGCUGCAAAGGCCCACGUGGCUGCGGGAACGCUACCUCCUGGUGCGAUACGAGGACCUGCCGUUCAAUCCGAGGGACAAGGCCGCCGAGAUCUACAGGUUCGUGGGGCUUGAGAUGGAGGACAGGGUACGAAUAUGGAUCGCGAACAACACCAAGAGCAACGCGUCGUCCCCUUCAGAGUGGAACUACAGGUACUCCACCGCCAGGGACUCCAGGGCGACGUCGGAGAGCUGGAGGCUUCGUCUGGGCUUUGACAUCGUCAGGGCCGUGCAGAACCUGUGCAACGACACUCUGGCCCUGCUGGGAUACAAGCAGGUUCACUCCGCCGCCGAACUCAGAAACCUGUCUCACAGUUUAGUGGAACGCAGGACCUUUCAGCCCACGUGGUAGAGGAUAUAAAAAGUAAACAACUGGCUUUCUUCUCUGUCAUGAUGCUGAUGAAAUGAAUGCAAUUUAUCUAAUAAUUCCUGAAGUGAGUUAAAAUCACUUUUUUAAAUGGUUUUGUUAUUAAAAGUGCCAAAUGUCAAGUGUGUGUUACACACAAAGGUCAAUUGAUGUAGAAUAAAAUCUCUACUGCUGUAUGUUUUGAAAACACAACAUGUUCAGCAAAACACUGAAUCAUGAUGAGAUAUUACUGUUGGCGCACAUUUAAGUUGUUUUGUACUCGUGUUUUCCGGCGAAUUGUUUGUGUCUUAAAAUAAAAAUAACUUACUUUC